UGUCUCCGACAAAAUGUCCGUUUACUUAGAUAUAGAGUAAAUAUAAGUUGUACACCCAGAGUUCUGAGCAGUCAGCUUUUUCAAUAGUGUGUUCGGUAUGCUGUGAAUACAGCGUUAAGAGAGACCAGCUUCCCUCACUGUGUGUACUCUCCAUUGCUGGUCUCAGGAUGGAGCCGGAUAGGGUGCUGGCAUACCUCCAGGAGGUGGAGAGGAGAGCGGAGGAUGUGCUGGUGGACAGGCGGCAGAUUGUGGACCUGGACAUGAAAAGAAAUCAGAAUAGAGAAGCUCUAAGAGCUCUCAGCAGAGACACUGCUCAAGGGUCGGUGACUGUUUGCUUUGGAAGUAUGUUUAUUAAUCUCCCAAAAGAUAAGACCAAGGAAAUGAUUCAGCGAGAUCAAGAACAGCUGGAUGCAGAAAUAAGCAAACUUCACACACAGCUGAAAGUGAAAGUGAACAAGUUAUAUGAGGCACAAGGUAAACCGGAGCUGAAAGGUUUUAACCUGACUCCACUGGAUCCAGAUGAAAUGAGAGCCAUUAAUAAAGUGUUAAAAAGAGAAGUGUAAAAUAAGGCUACUUCGUCAUUGUGAGUGCUGUGCUACGGGCAUGUUUCAUUCUUUCUGUACCCUGUGUUUAAUUCUCUUAUCAUAUAAACGUAGAGGGAAGUGUCUGCAAGGGAAAUGUCUGGCACUGUGCUCAGUGGCCCAGUGGUCAGUAUUGCCGCCUCCCAGCACUGGGUUGAAUGAGACUACAGUGUAACCUGUGUGGAAUUUCUCUUUUCCUUGUAUCCAUGUGGGUUUCCUCCCAUGGACUAAAAUGUAUAGGUUAUUUCUCUUCUGAUUAAAAUGACCUCUGUGUACAUGCACUUGUGGCAAGGAAAAUAGAUUACAAGAUCCACCGGGGCAGGGACAGUUUGCGCAGUUCAGCAUAAUAGAAUUGUUAUCUGACCUAGUAUAGCAUUAUAUCGAAGUUCCAAAGAUAUAUAGAUAGAAUGUAUUCCCACAUUAAUUGUGGAAGACAUCAACACCCUUACUGCUUCCAUGGUGGUUCUGUGUAAUAUUUCCAUGAAAAUCUAACUUGGUUGUAGAUGGAUACAGGAUAAGGCUAUAUUUAGCAUUAAUUACAAGAAUACACCCUGAAACAAUGCUUCUACACCCCUUGCGCACAUGUCACACAACCACUAUAACUGGCACUAUAAGUGGCCAAUAAGAACAAAAUGGAAAGAAAAAAAAAUUCCGUACUGUCCCAUAUGUACUGUAUGUGCCUACUUGUCCCAUAUAGUGCAUAUACUGUACAGCACUGAUACAAGCACCUUCCUGGCACACCACAAUUUCUGAAAAUGAUAUUUAUUUUUGGGUUAACUGUAAACAAUUGUCAUUAAUAUGAGAAUCAUAAUUUCUUAAUGUUGGCGGGGUUCAUUAGUUGUCUGAGUGCUUUUUUCCUGUCAUUGAUGCAGCCUGAAAGAAUAAAGACCACUGGUAAGCCAGAUGCCUUAUUUAAUAUAACGUUCUAUUUGCUGUAGGAGUCUCUCACCUAAGUGUGUGUUUGCUACAAGGCUUCCAUUUCCGAGCAGAUCUUGUUGUCCAUCAUCACGAGAUACAGGGCCAUCAUUCCACAUAAGGUCAAAGCCCCCAACUCUCUUCUCCUUCCCUGUUAGUCUGAAUGGAUAGCAGUAGACAACACUUAGUGCAGAGAAAGCUAGGGAAGAAUUGUCAUGUGGGUUUGUGUGUACAGUCCUAUAGAGCAAGGUCCAGUCCGGUUAGGGGGAAGAGACAUAGCUGUGUCCUCACCUGCCUUCCAUAUCAAUUACAUGCAGGGUAUCCUCCAGCAAGCGGCACUUCAACCUGUAAUCCUCCUGGCUGCUGGCUGUCAGAGAAGGGGAGGCGUUGACUUCCAGAAGCCACCUAUAUUAAGCCAAAAAAAGUGGCAGCAAGUGAAGAUAGUCACAUGGUCAGAACCAAAUGGCUUGUGUACACAUCUUUUCAAUAUCUGUAUAUUGUCACCGGAACUUUACAUUUAUAUGUUUGCUACAGAACCAUUGUUUGUACAGUGUAAGAUUCUUACUAUAAAUAAAUAAAUUAAUAAGUAGAAUUUU